AUGCCUUUCAAGCCCUUAACUGCAUGGAAUACCCUUGUAAUACUUUUACUUGGCUACGGCGCUUCGGCCAUGGAGCUUGUGGAUGGCAUGUGCCCUUCACUGAAACAAAUCGAAUGCAAACCUGGAUUACUUCUCCCAGUUUGGAAGCCUGUUAAUGCAACAUUUAUUGGGGACAAAGCAGCACGGUCUAUAGUGUACUUCCUGGCACUUCUUUAUUGCUUUCUCGGCGUUUCCAUAAUUGCCGACCGGUUUAUGGCAGCGAUUGAGGUGAUCACAAGCAAAGAAAAAGAAAUCGUCAUAAAAACAAAAUCAGGAGAGAAACAAACCAUUUCCGUGCGAAUUUGGAACGAAACUGUUUCCAAUCUCACACUAAUGGCACUUGGAUCUUCGGCGCCCGAAAUUCUGCUUUCCAUUAUUGAAAUUUGUGGAAAAAAUUUUGAAGCCGGUGAUUUAGGACCAGGGACGAUAGUUGGAUCUGCGGCGUUCAAUAUGUUUGUAAUCAUUGGUGUUUGUAUCAUUGUCAUACCCAAAGGUUCUGUUCGACGGAUCAAGCACCUGAGCGUUUUCUUUGUCACAUCCACAUGGAGUAUCUUCGCCUAUCUAUGGUUAUAUUUUAUAAUCGCGAUUUCCUCGCCUGAUGAAGUUGUUGUAUGGGAAGCAUUGUUGACGUUCAUAUUUUUUCCAGUUACCGUCUUAACCGCUUAUAUCGCAGACAGGAAGCUGGUCCAGAAGAGGUUUUUAAGAAAACGCUACAGUGCCCGGAAAACAGUUAAAUCUUUAACCGAGGAAGACAUUGAGUUAAACGGAAAACUCCCAACCUUAACGCUCUCAGACGAAGACUCUGAAGAUCCAAAAGAUGCAUUUGAACGCACCCGUCUGGAAUAUGUGGAAGUUAUGAGGAACAUCAGGAAGGAACAUCCAAACAUCGAUACAAAGGAACUUGAAGAACUUGCCCAAAUCGAGGUUCUGAAUAAAGGGCCGAAGUCGCGAGCCCUAUAUCGUAUGCAGGCGACUCGGGCAUUGACUGGCGGUGGAAGUGUCAUUACAAAGGCUAAAGUUGAACGCAGAAUGUCAAUACAAACGGUUGAAGUAAAGGAGAUUUACGGGCCGGAGACACAACAAGUUUUUUUCAGCCCUGGUCAUUAUACAGUCAUGGAAAACGUUGGUACUUUUGGCGUGACGGUUUUCCGAAAAGGAGGUGAUAUGGAUGCCACCAUUUCUGUGGACUAUUUUACCGAAGACGGUACGGCUGUGGCUAAUGAGGAUUACGUUCCUGCAAGCGGAACUUUAGUAUUUAAUGCAAACGAAACUCACAAACAAAUAUCAAUUGCUAUCAUUGAUGAUGAAGUAUUCGAAGAAGACGAACAUUUCAGUAUCCGCUUGAACAAUCUCAAGGUCGUUCGGUCGACCAAACCUAUAGACCUUCGUCUUGUAGACCCUAGUGUGGCCACUGUGCUGGUCCUAGAUGACGAUCACUGUGGGGUGUUUCAAUUUAAGUCCGAUUCUGUGCAAAUUAGCGAGUCUUGUGGAGUUGCGGAGAUCCCAGUGGCUAGGAAUUCUGGUGCUCGGGGAAGCGUACGUGUGCCGUAUAAAACGCUAGAAGGCACAGCAAAGGGCAAUGGCAAAGAUUAUGAAGAUGCAAGCGGCUACAUCGAGUUUCAAAAUGACCAAACUGAGGCAAUCAUACGCGUCGCAAUCGUCGAUGACAAUGACUAUGAGAAGAACGAAUUCUUUUACAUUCAACUGGAGGAACCGAUCCUCAUGAGCAAAGACGGUGCGUUGUCCAAAAGCCUUAACUCUUAUAAGCGUCCGCUUUCUUUCAGUUUAUUUAUCCAUUUCCUAGGCACUAUUGUGAUAAGUGAAAAUGCAAAGCUAAAAAGGAACUUCAGUUCUAUAGAUUUAAAUAGUAAGUACAAGCACUAA